UGGGGCUUGACCUCAGUAGUGCUGGCAGAACUAGGACGACACCGUCUGGUGAACAGUCGUAAACGCACUCAAGUUUCAAACCAUCUUCGACACGAUUUGUUCGCAGACGGACCUGAAACUAUAAGAUCGGAUGAUAGUUAGCUAGCAACCUACAUCGAAUUUAAGAAUUUACCUUCUACAACCAGAAUAACCAAAGCUUUGCGUUGCUCUUGGAGCGUAGUGUCCCGCCCCCUACGCCCACCCUGAUUGGAGGGCUGGGCAGCCCUCUCCUCCUAUUGGCCCACAUCAAAGCGCAGCUUGCUCUGACGCAGCUCAACGCGAUUGCCGUCGGCAACGCCGGCCCCACCCUUCCCCCAUCCCCCUCAGCGGCAGCCCUCUCGCUCCUCAACCUUCUAAAGACAGCCAACGCCAUGUCCCAUCCCCUCUACAACCCCUGGGGGGCGCCCUACUCCCAGCCCCCGCGGCCCGGCCCGGCCCAGUACAGCGGGGCGGCGACCCAGGCAGUGAUGGACCCCCUGGGGGCUGCUCGUCUGGGCGGCAGCCCCGGCCUCCAGGGCCCUGGAGGGACUUCCAGCCAGGGGGGCAUGCUGCCCCCGAUGGCCCAGCAGAUGGGCUACGGCAUGGGCCAGAGGGCGACCGCCCUCACCCCAGACAUGGAGAGCUCCAUCGACAUGCACAUCCGCGGGGCGCGGGAAGAGGCGAGGCUACUCAGCCACAUGGGCCAGCAGGCCCCGGGGGGGCGUAACCCUCGCAUGGACCAGCUCCCCAGGAACGAGGGCUCAUCUCUGGGGGGUGGCCUGAGCGGAUAUCCCCCGUCCUCGUCUUCCUCCAUGUUGCAAGCCCCCCUCGGACUGUCAGACCGUGGCUCUGUUGAUUGGCCGUCCUACCAGACUCCCUCCAGACACUUUACCUCCUCCGCUGGUGCCUCCCUCAAGCCUCAGUCCUCCCCUCAGAUGGGCUCUGCGUACAUGUAUGGAGGAGAAGGAGGAAGUGGAGGAGGAGCAGGAAGUAGCUCCUCCUCCACAGGAGUCUCCAGAAGCGCCCCGAUGAUGCUUCCCUCCCCCUCUCCCUCCUCCUCAUCUCGGCCCGCUCCUCGCUACACCUCGGAGAACGCCAGCAGCAUCCUGGCCACCUUCGGCCUCUCCAACGAGGACCUGGAGAUGCUGAGCCACUACCCCGACGAGCAGCUCACGCCAGAGAACCUGCCCUACAUCCUGAGGGACAUCCGCAUCCGCAAGGCCGCCAGGACCCCGACCCUGGACGUGGACCACCGCACCCCACCCGGCGGCGGGGGCGGACUGGAACGGCCGGGAGCCCGAACGGGCAUCCCCUCUGCCCCCCCGCAGGAGCAGCAGGCCGGAGGCCCGCAGAGCAACGUCAUCGAUUACCGGCACGCCUCCGGGGGCGGGGGUUUGACGGACAGUGGCGGCGGCAGAGGCCUCAAUGCUGGUGACGCCGUCGCCAAAGACAACGUGGCGUCGAUGUACGGCAGGGUGUCCAGUAUCGCUACGGUGUCCGGUUCCGGCUCGUACGCAGCGAUGCCGAGACCAGACCUCAGCCAGCGAGCCCCCAGCCCCAUCUCCCUGCCCCAGAAGGACAAGGACGACCGCCUGCUGGACCCCAAGGCGCCCAAACCCAUCCCGGUGAGGGAGCAAGGGGGCAUCCGGCCCACGGCUGCCCCAGGACGGGUUGCCCCGCGCGCGCCCACCCACCUGCGCUCCGGGCUGGUGGUGCUCAGUGGUGGAAGUCAGGAUGGAGGGAAUGAGGUGGAGGUGCCUCAACAACAACAGCAGCAGCAGCAGCAGCAGCAACAGCAACCACCUCUCUACCCAGUGAUGGACCCGUCCCCCCCCUCUCCCAUGACGAUGCACAUGCUGAUGCAUGGGCUGCCCAGAGUGUUUCCACACACCUGUUCUCUGUGUAGCAUACAAUGUGCCGAGUUGAGGGAGUGGGCCCGUCACCAGGAUUCAGCCAUACACAUUGAGAAGUGCAGACUCCUCCGAAAACAGUUGAAAAAACCUGAAAAAGAGUCCAGUACUGAGUCUGUCGUCUCUCCCAAGUUCCCAGCCUGGGUCCCUGAGAGAGCCCCCGACAGGCCUCCCCUCCCCCCCGACAGGCCUCCCCUCCCCCCUGACGGCCCCCCCGGCCCCCCCACCCCGCUGUCCAGGAAUGACGUCCCGUCUCGUGAGCUUGAUGUCUCCAGCGCUCGUCCUCGCCGCCAGGCCUCCAAGUCGCACUCGCCAAGCCCCUGCCGUUACCACGGCAACUCCCCCUCCGCCCGCCGGCCAUAUCAACGGUCACGGUCACCACGGAAACGUGCUCGCGGGUCCCGCUCCCGGUCUCCACGGCGACAUGCCCGAGCCAGCCCCCCCUCCUUUCGCCGGUCCCGCUCCCGGUCUCCACGGCGACUUGCCCGAGCCAGCCCCCCCUCCUUUCGCCGGUCCCGCUCCCGGUCUCCACGGCGACCUGCCCGAGCCAGCCCCCCCUCCUUUCGCCGGUUCCGCUCCCAGUCUCCACGGCGACCUGCCCGAGCCAGCCCCCCCUCCUUUCGCCGGUCCCAGUCUCCACGACGACCUGCCCGAGCCAGCCCCUCCUCUCGCCGGUCCCAGUCUCCACGGCGACCUGCCCGAGCCAGUCCCCCCUCCUCUCGCCGCUCCCAGUCUCCACGGCGACCUGCCCGAGCCAGCCCCCCCUCCUCUCGCCGCCGCCUCGCCCGGUCUCGCUCGCCGUCUCGCUCCUGGUCCCCGUUGCCACGGCGACCUCGUAGAGGGUCAUCGCCGUGCCCCCGGAGGGACUCCAGGGAGACGAGCGCUGAGAGGCUGGCACGGAAACUGGUGUUGACCGCGGGUCCGUCCAUCACAGACAGAAGCAGCAUGGAAGCUAUGAUGCAGAGACUGGCUCCUGCCCUCCUGGCUGAGCUGGCCAAGAAGAAAGCAGCCGCCUCUUCCUCCUCCAAGGCCUCCGCAGCCAAGCGCUCUUCAUCACCAUCCUCCUCCAAGGCCUCCGCAGCCAAGCGCUCUUCAUCACCAUCCUCCUCUAAGGCCUCCGCAGCCAAGCGCUCUUCAUCACCAUCCUCCUCUAAGGGUUUGGCUAAGACCUCCAAGACCCCUCGCCCUGCAGCAGUGAGCCCCACCCCCCCAGGGAAGGACUGCCUGGUCCGGCUGCUGGAGAUUCCCACCCACUCCUCCUACCAGGAAGUAGAGCAGGCGGUGCAGCCCUUCGGAAAAACAUCCGUGAUUAUCCUGCUCAAGGCUAUACAAGAGGCAUCUGUGCUGUUUGAAGAGGAGGAAAGUGCCAGGGCGAUUAUAAACUGCAACAACCUCACGAUCAGUGGGGAACCCAUCACCGUUGUCAUGGACAAGGAUGUCCUAGAGGAUGAUGGGAAGGAUCAGAAGGUGAAGAACGUGGCAGUAAUAAAACCCUCCACCAAGUCCACCCCAAACAAAAUCCCUUUGUCUGUUCCCAAACCAUCGUCCAACACAUCCAAGGCGGCGACCGCAACCUCCUCUAAGAGUUCAGGUUCUUCAAAAGCAACCAAACCCCUGUCCUCUACAACCAAGACGUCUUCGACCGUGACCAAGAAGUCAACCUCAAUUAAACCACAAACCAAGACUGUUUCUAAAACCAACACCAAGCCAACCUCCUCUAUACCCCUGUCCUCAACAGCCAAGACGAACACAACCGCAACCACAAAGUCGACCUUAACCAAACCUCAAACCAAACCCGCUUCUAAAACCGACACCAAGCCAACGUCAACCUCCUCUAUCAAAAAGGGGGCAACCAAGGAGAUGGUUACCAAGACAACCACAACCGCACCCAAACCCCUGUCCUCCACAGCCAAGACAUCAUCGACCGCAAUCACAAAGUCGACCUCAACCAAACCUCUAACCAAGACCGCUUCUAAAACCGAUACCAAGGAAACGUCAACCUCUGCUUCCAAAGAGGGGGCAACCAAGGAGACGGUUACCAAGACAAGCGUGGUUACCAAGGUUCCUGGGCCCUCUGCAGCUGAGGCCUCUGGUUCCAACUCUGGAGAUUCCAAACGCCCACUGGAGAAAACCAGAACUUCUGACGCUGCAGCUAAGCCCCUCCCCUCUUCCCGCCCACCUGGUGUCUCACCUGAAGAGCCAAACACGCCUGGUGCAGGUGCAGGUGAGGGUGCGAGACAGCAGUCCUCAACCAUGGCUGUAGAGGCCACACCUAUAAAACUAGAAGCCACGCCUAUAAAACUAGAAGCCAUGCCUAUAAAACUAGAAGCCACACCUAUAAAACCAGAGGCCACGCCCACGGAACCAGAGGCUACGCCCACGGAACCAGAGGCCACGCCCACGGAACCAGAGGCCACGCCCACGGAACCAGAAGCCUCUGUGACAAAACUAGAGACCAAGCCCACAGAAGCAGAAGCCACACUUGCAAAACCAGAGGCCACACCCAUGGAUUCUAUGGCCACACCCACUGAAACAAAGGCCACUGUGACAAAACCGGAGGCCACACCCAUGGAACCUGAGGCCACUGUAACAAUACCAGAGGCCACGCCCACAAAACUAGACACCACGCACACAGAAGCAGAAGCCACACUUGCGAAACUAGAGGCCACACCCAUGGAUUCUAUGGCCACACCCACUGAACCAAAGGCCACUGUGACAAAACCGGACGCCACAUCCAUGGAACCAGAGAUUACGCCCACAGAACCAGAGGCCACAGUGACACAACUAAAGGCCAUACCUACAAAACUUGUGGCCGCACCCAUGGAACCGGAGGCCACGCCCACGGAACCGGAGGCCACGCCAAUGGAAUCAGAGGCUAUGCCUGCUGAACCAGAGACCACUGUGACAGAACCAGAGGCCACACCUACACAACUAGAGGCCAGACCCAUGGAUCCUAUGGCCACACCCACUGAACCAAAGGCCAUGCCCAUGGAACAAGAAGCCACGCCCACUGAACCAGGGGCCACACCCACGAAUCCUAUGGCCACUCCCACUGAACCAGAGGCCACACCCACGGAUCCGGAGCCCUUGGAGACAACGACAGACCCUCAGGCCCACGUAACCAUGGUUACGGAACCCUCACAGAACACAACCGAUGCCCAACCCAUGACCUCCGGUCAACACCGGCCAGAACCCACAACUCCUGCUUCCAUGGAAACGGAUUCCAAAGAGGAAUCAUCAAAACUACAGCUGGUGAAGGUGGCAGGAGUCCCACACAAGCUGCUAAAGAGCCCCAGACUCAUCCAGCUGAUGAACAAGACCUUCAACAUCACCAUCAGAGAUGUCUACAUCUUCCUAGACCACGGACUGGUUUUUGUAACGCUGGUGUGUCCAGACAUUAAUGAGAUGAGCAAGGCCUUCUUCCACCCCUGCCUCUCCCUGCAGGGCCACAGGCUCCACUUUAAACUGCUGCAGAACUACAACAUGCUGGAGGAGAACGCUUACACAACCCUGUUGAAGCUGAUCAACCAUUCUCAUGCGGUGGACCCCAGCCUGCUGGCAGACCGGCUGCUGCUGGUGCUGCUGCCCAGCCUACCUGAAGACACCCAGCUGGUCCUGCAGCACCUAGCCCAGCACGGAACCUUACGGAACCACUUGGUCAUGGUCAACAAGAUGUUCGUGGAGAUGGACUCAGUGAGGGAGGUGGGGGCGGCCCUCUGCACCCCUCCCAGCCCCCUCCUGGUGCAGAAGGGGAUGCUCAUGUAUAGCUUCAGCGUUCCUGUUGGGGCACCCCCCCCAAACACCCCUGUGCUGGUGAAGGUGAAUGGGAUCGUUGGGAAGGCAAACUGUCCUCUGAAGCUCAGAGAGCUGGCGUUG